AUGAGGACGUUCCUCUUGUUUGGGCGCCAAUGUCUCCGCCAGGGCUUCCAGCAAUCUUCUCCCUUGGUCAGUCGCGCAUCAACGCGACCCUUCGCCUCUGCAUCGUCUAUCCGCCAACAGUUUGCGACUCCACGAUUCCGCGGUAAGAAGAUACUAUGGUCUGGCGCAGCGACUGGUGCUGCUACUGGAGCAAUACUCAGUCCGCUUGCAUUCGUGGAAAUAAGUCAAGACAAGUCUAGCAAUGGAGAGAAAACACACGAAGAGGCCAUGCUGGAGGCGUCGAGGAAGGAGCUCGACGAACAAGUCCCCAAGGUAUUGGAAAACUCGAAGAAAUACCGGCGGGGGAUAUAUUUCUUCCUCGAGGACUACAUAAUAGAGCCUAUUGCGACAGGGCUGCGAUUUCUCCAUCUAGUCGUCAUCUUCGUCCCAGUCAUCGUCACUAUUCCAGUGAUAUGGCUUGGGAGUCGACAGGCAGAUAAGGACAACGAGAGGAGUGGGACACUGUGGUGGUAUAGCUUCUUGGUUUCGUCUAUGGAGAGGGCUGGUGCUGCUUUCAUAAAGCUUGGGCAAUGGGCUGCCUCCAGAACAGACAUCUUCCCGACCGAGAUGUGCACCAUCAUGUCUGAGCUCCACUCCAACGCACCUGCGCAUUCUCUCAAGGUCUCGAAACGAACCGUAGAAGCUGCUUUUGACGGACGACGCUUCGACGACAUAUUCGAGGAGUUCGACGAAAAGCCACUCGGCGUGGGCGCAAUUGCGCAGGUCUACAAGGCAAAGCUCAAACCUGAUCUAGCAACGCUGCAAGACAAUGCUAUCGAUGCGGGAGAACUGAAUUUGGCGCGCAAGAUCAAGAAGAAUGUUGAUGCAACACUGAAGAGCACUCCACAGCGACUCCCGUCAAACCACGUCGCUGUUAAGGUGCUGCACCCCAAUAUCGAGAAGAUUGUACGCAGGGACCUGCGCAUUAUGGCAUUUUUUGCUGCUGCCAUCAACGCGAUACCCACCAUGGAAUGGUUGUCGUUCCCAGACGAAGUGGAGCAAUUUGGUGAAAUGAUGAGGUUGCAAUUAGAUUUGCGUAUCGAGGCUGCGAACCUUACCAUAUUCCGACAGAACUUCAAGGACCGGACAACGGCUUGGUUUCCCUACCCCUACACGGAGUAUACCACACGUAACGUCUUGAUUGAGGAGUUCGCACAAGGUAUCCCAAUGGAAGAUUUCUUGCAGAACGGAGGUGGCAUCUUCCAGAAAGAGAUCGCAGACGAAGGACUCGACGCGUUCCUCCACAUGGUCCUCAUCGACAAUUUCAUCCAUGCAGACUUACAUCCAGGUAACAUUAUGGUCCGCUUCUACAAGCCUGAACCGCUGGACGUGUCCAUGUUCACUCGGAAGGAGGAUCGAAGCACAGGGCCCAAGGAGUCGCGAGAUGUUACCGAAGAAGUGCUCGAGCGUCUACGACCACACAGAAAGGACCCUGAGCAAUGGAAAGCCCGACUGCAGGAGAUCGACAAUGAAGGAUACCGCCCGCAACUUAUUUUCAUUGAUGCAGGCCUCGUUACAGAACUCAACGCUAAGAACCGAGCAAAUUUCCUAGAUCUUUUCAAAUCUGUUGCAGAGUUUGACGGAUACAAGGCUGGUCAUCUCAUGACCGAGCGAUGCAGGCAACCGGAAGCCGUGCUAGACAGCGAAGUCUUCGCUCUACGUAUGCAACAUCUGGUACUGGGUGUAAAGAGUCGAACCUUUGCCUUGAGCAACAUCAAGAUUGGUGACAUCCUUAACGAGGUUCUUUCAAUGGUACGAACGCAUCAUGUACGCCUUGAGGGUGAUUUCGUGAAUGUGGUUCUCAGCAUUCUCUUACUGGAAGGUAUCGGUAGAAGCUUGAAUCCGGAACUAGAUCUUUUCGCUGGUGCUCUUCCAAUACUGCGACAACUUGGAGCGCAGAGCGGUUCGUCGAUGAUCAGCGGGGGUGACUUCUCCAUGCUCAAGGUCUGGGUUGGCCUUGAGGCGCGCAGCUUCUUGCAAGCGUCCAUUGAUACUGUCGAACGGUGUGUCAAAUAUGACCAGUUGGCACCUAACAUUUAG